GUUCACUCAGGAGCCGGAGAGGAAGCGCCCAGUGUGUGUUGGCCAGAGUAUUCCGGGUGAAAUAUUCGCUCUCUGGAAGGUGUGUUAAUAUUUCAGGUGUUUUGAGGCACACAUUCACCCGAGGGACACGUUGGGUCUGCAGGCUCCUCUAAUCAGCGGAACACAUAGUACAGCAAUGAACUGGUUUGAAGGCUCCAUCCCUGAGGCCAUUGCGGCAGCCAAGAACAGGAAGGCUAUAUUUGUUGUGUACGUCAGAGACUCCUCAGAAGCCUCCAAGACCACAGACGAUGUAUUGUCUCAAAGGGAUGUUGUGGAAGCCAUGGAUAGCGGACGUUUUGUUGCAAUAAGGCUGGAAAAUGGAACCGAGGACACCAAACAGUUUUCACAAAUAUAUCCUUUGGUGUUGGUGCCCUCUUUGUUCUUUAUAAGUGGGGAGACAGGGGUGCCGCUGGAGGUGCUUGGAGGACCACUCGCUGCAGACAACCUGAAGGAGAAGGUCACCAAGCUCCUGGAAAAUGCCAAGCCGAGCAAGGCAGCAAACACCAGCUCAACCUCUCCCAGUGGCUCUGAAGCUUCUAAGGCUCCUGAAGGGGGUGGAGGAAGCAGCAAAAGUCAGGGAGAGACAGCAGAGCCCUGUGCAUCACCCCACACCUCAUCAUCCUCUUCAGAGGCUGGUGGUGAGGAAGUCAAGCAAGAGAGUGAGGGGGCAAAGGCUGCUCAUGAAGAACCCUUGGAAGACCAGAAGACUCCUGCUGCUGAGGCCUCUGGUGGCACAAAUAAUAGUGAGGAAGAUUCCUCUGGUCCUUCUUUAGAGGAUAAAGUGGAGAGGGCAAAAGUUCUGUUAGCUGAAAAACAGAACAGCUCUGCAAGGGAAAAGGCUGAGGAAGAGAAGCAGAAGGAGAUUGACAGGAGAAAGAUGGGCCAGGAAAUGGCCAAGAAAAAGAUGCAGCAGGAGCAAGAAGAGAUAAGGGCAGCAGCCAGGGAAAGGAGGAAAGACAAGGAAGAAGACAGACUAGCCAGAGAGAGGGUGAAGGCACAGAUUGCAGCAGACCGAGCUGAAAAAGAGGCCAGAGCAGCCCUCCUAAGGGGAGAGGCAUCUCCAGCUAAUCCAGCACCAGCUCCAGCAGCGAGUGCAGCCGCUCCAUCACCCCCUGCUUCAUCAAGCAACAUAUCAAGACUGAAGUUCCGUCUUCCUGAUGGAUCAUCCAGCAUAUCCCAAUUCCCUGCUGAGGCACCCCUAAGUGAGGUGCGGCAUUACGUAGACCAGAAUGUGGUUCUCCCUUUCCCCAACUACACCCUGGCCUCCACCGUGCAGCACAGACCCUUCACAGCCAGUGACAACAGCACUUCACUCAGAGACCUGGGACUCGUGCCCUCAGCCAUACUUGUUAUUUUGCCGAGUGCCCCUUCAAGCUCUGGGAGGGUUGUGUCAGCUGGAGGAGGGAUAUGGGACAUGCUGUGGCUAUUGUUAUCACCCCUCACCUUCGUGUAUGGUCUGGUACAACACUAUCUGCUUGGAAGGAGAGAGCAAUCACCAGAGAGGACAGGGGAGCCGGAGCCCAAGAGACCUCGGGAAGACUCACCACCAAGCACUCGGCAGCGACCAACAACGGCUUAUGGGAGUCGCGGUGAGGCACGCUUCCGACAACAAGGGAACAUCCAUCGCCUGCAGAAUGAUGGGGAAGAUGAUGAUGAAAACAACACUUGGAAUGGUAACUCAACUCAACAAAUGUGAGAAUGAGAGACUUGCUAAAUACCAGCCAAGCCUAAUGUCUCAGUGGUAUUGUCACUGACUGGUGGUUUAUUUUGCUUUAGGGGAAGCAUUUUCAUCAAUUUCCUAUUCAUCUAUGUUGUUAUAAUAACAUGUAUUUUUAUUAGUUCUGUAAGGUAUUUUAUUAUUAUUAUUAUUAUUAUUAUUAUUAUUAUUAUUAUUAUUAUUAUUAUUAUUAUUAUUAUUAUCAUUAUCAUUAUUAUUAUUAUUAUUAUUAUGUUGUUGUUGUUGUUGUACUUUUCCGAUUUCCCGUGAAAUGAUUACUGCUUCCAGGAGAGAGAUCCCUCUCUGUGUGCCCAGCGCAUCACAGAGGUGAUUGUCUCUGGAAUGGAGGCAUACAUUCCACGUUCUUUCUCUACUCCUCAUGCUAAAAAGCCUUGGUUUAAUCAUGCUUGUUCUUGUGCUAUUAAAGAUAGAGAGGCAGCUCACAAAAGGUUCCAGAGCCUUCGCACUCCUUCUAACCAUGAACUUUACAUUUCAGCCUGGAAUCGUGCCAAAUCUGUUCUCCGACUUACCAAAACCUCUUUCAUCAAUAGAGAAUGUCAACACCUUGCUUCUUCUAAUUCUUCCCGUGACUUCUGGCACCUAGCCAAAAAUAUCUCCACCAAUUUUGCUUCUUCCUCUUUCCCUCCUUUCCUUAACCCUGACGGGAGUACUGCCGUCUCAUGUAUCUCUAAGGCUGAACUCUUUGCUCAAACUUUCUGUAAGAACUCCACCCUGGACGAUUCUGGGCAUAUUCCUCCUACUCAUCCCCCCUCUGACUCUUUCAUGCCUGUUAUUAAGAUUCUUAAGAAUGAUGUCUUCUAUGCCCUCUCUGGCCUCAACUCUCAGAAGGCUUAUGGACCUCCUAUUGUCCUUAAAAACUGUGCUUCUGUGCUGACACCCUGCCUGGUCAAACUCUUUCGUCUCUGCCUAUCAACAUCUACGGUACCUUUCCUUCCUGCUGGAAGUAUGCCUUUGUACAGCCUGUUCCUAAGAAGGGUGACCGUUCCAAUCCCUCAAACUACCGCCCUAUAGCUUUACUUUCCUGUCUAUCUAAAGCUUUUGAAUCAAUCCUUAACAGGAAGAUUCAAAAGCACCUUUCCACUUCUAACCUAGUCUGGACCAUGGGGUCUGUGUGGUCUGAUUUUCUAUGUAAAUCUGUAUUUCCUCCUGCCUACAACUUGAAUUCUUUCAAGAGGAGGGUAUCAGGACACCUCUCCUCCCGAAAUUGACCUCUCUUUCGGCCACCUCUUUUGAUUCUUCUUAUAGGAGCAGUGAGUAGUGGGCUUUUUUUAUUAUUGUUUCCUUUUUUUGUGCCCUUGAGCUGUCUCCUUUGUUGUAAAAAAAAAUAUAUAUUAUUAUUAUUAUUAUUGUUCGUACCAGUACUAAUUAUUAUUAUUGUUAUUCUUAUUACAGGUAACUCUCGAUUUACGCGAGUAUUGCGUCCUUGAAGAGGUCGCGUAAAUCAAAAAAAAUGUAAAUCAAACAUGAGGUAGGUUUCUGUCGAAAAAUAAAUAUUCACUUCAUUCAGUGGAGAGAGAGAGAGAGAGAGAGAGAGAGAGAGAGAGAGAGAGAAUACAUAUCACCGAGAUAUCCACUCAGGCACUCAGUCUCAGCCUCACUCGUCUGAGGAAAAAAUGAGGGACACAAUGAGUGACUGGCUAGUAUUGGUACCGGUACCGAGCAGUCUGGUACCGGUACUGUACCAUAUAGCUGGUACCAUUAGUACAGGUACUGGUACUGGUACCUGCCCACCCCUAUUGUUGAGUAGCAUGGCAGCGUGGGUUCUGUAUUGUUGUUCGAGUGGCGCACGGGAAGAACUGAGCUCAGCUGUGUGGCCGCGGCGUUGUGUGAGUCCAGUUGCGUGAGACAUAUGGUGGCCACUCCAUAAAAUAUCGCAUAUAAGUGGAAAAAACGUGUAAAUUAAACAUUUAUUUGGAUUUUGGACCCCGCGCUAUUUAAAAACGCGUAAACCAAACUCGCAUAAAUCGAGAGUUACCUGUAUUAUUGUUAUUACUGGCACUAAUUAUUAUUAUUAUUAUUAUUAUUAUUAUUAUUAUUAUUAUUAUUAUUAUUAUUAUUAUUAUUAUUAUUUCUACUACUACUGUUAUUACUGGUACUAAUUAUUAUUAUUAUUAUUAUUAUUAUUAUUAUUAUUAUUAUUAUUGUAUUGUUAUUCUUCUUUUCUUCUUCUUAUUUAUUUUUAUAAUUAUUAUUUUAAAGGGGAUAGUGUCUUUGCAAAUUUGCCAAGGCACUUAUUUUCCCUAUUUUUUUUCUUCUCAUAUACAUGUUUAUUCUUGGAAUGCUUUUCUUGAAUCUAUUUACAAAGUUUCUGAUUGUGGGAUGUAAAAGAUAAAUAUAUUAUGCGAAUAUAUAGGCUUCCUUUUCAAAUAUAUAACACAUUAAAGUUUAUAUAUAUAUAUAUAUAUAUAUAUAUAUAUAUAUAUAUAUAUAUAUAUAUAUAUAUAUAUAUAUAUAUAUAUAUAUAUAUAUAUAUAUAUAUAUAUAUAUAUAUAUAUAUAUAUAUAUAUAUAUAUAUAUAUAUAUAUAUAUAUAUAUAUAUAUAUAUAUAUAUAUAUAUAUAUAUAAUAGCUAAGCACCUUCAGUUCCUUGGGAUGCUGAUUUAGCUGUUAUAUUUUACAAAUAGUUUCAAUAAUCCUCGGUAUGGGGAUGUGCAGGUAAUUGUGCAGCAAAACAAGUGGACAAAGAUAAUUUUGUGCUCAGAGAGAAAGAUAUUUUCACUAAUGUAAUGUGAAGUUACCAGUACAUAGUGCAUAAAAAUGAUGAUGAUGUACAUUUAUAUGUUGUAAUAUUUUUUACUGCAUGCACUCUCUCAUGCUUCACAAUAAUAUUUGAGACCCUUCUUGAACACUUUUUGUACACCACAAAAAACUUCAUCAAGUAGAAUGCGGGAACCAUCCCGAAAGGAGCCACAACUUAGACCAAGGUUACCACGGCUUAGACGAGCCUGGGAGCCUAGAACGGAGAUAAAUUAAAUCGAUGUUGCUGUAUGAUAUACUAUGUAUGUAUAAAGAUAAUAAUGGGAA